AUGUCAACUUUCAUCACUGCUCAGUGUGGGAAGAGUUUUACUACACAGAGUCAUCUUCAACAACACCAGCGCAUUCACACAGGAGAGAAGCCAUAUCACUGCUCAGAGUGUGGAAAGAGUUUUACUAAGCAGAGUCAUCUCCAACGACACCAGCGCAUUCAUACAGGAGAGAAGCCAUAUCACUGCUCAGAGUGUGGAAACAGUUUUUCUCGUCAGAGUACGCUCCAAAAACACAAGCGCAUUCACACAGGAGAGAAGCCAUUUCAGUGUUCAGAGUGUGGACACAGUUUUUCUCGUCACAGUACGCUCCAAAAACACCAGCGCAUUCACACAGGAGAGAAGCCAUUUCAGUGUUCAGAGUGUGAAAAGAGUUUUACUCGAAGUAGUGAGCUUAAAGUACACCAGCGUGUUCACACAGGAGAGAAACCGUAUCACUGCUCAGAGUGUGGAAAAAGUUUUACUCGACAGAGUAAACUCCAACAACACCAGCGUGUUCACACAGGAAACAAACCGUAUCACUGCUCAGAGUGUGGGAAGAGUUUUGCUAACAGUAAUGCUCUUAAAGUACACCAGCAUGUUCAUACAGGAGAGAAACCGUAUCACUGCUCAGAGUGUGAAAAGAGUUUUAUUCAAAGUAGUGCCCUUAAGGUACACCAGCGUGUUCACACUGGAGAGAAGCCGUAUCACUGCUCAGAGUGUGGAAAAUUGGAGCACCAAUCAAGUAAUCUCCAACAACACCAGCGUGUUCACACAGGAGAGAAACCAUAUAACUGCUCAGAGUGUGGAAAGAGUUUUGCUCAACAGGGUACCCUUCAAAAACACCAGCGCAUUCACACAGGAGAGAAGCCAUUUCAGUGCUCAGAGUGUGGAAGCAGUUUUUCUCGUCAGAGUACGCUCCAAAGACACCAGCACAUUCACACAGGAGAGAAGCCAUUUCAGUGCUCGGACUGUGAAAAGAGUUUUACUCAAAGCAGUAACCUUAAAUCACACCAGCGUAUUCACACAGGAGAGAAACCGUAUUACUGCUCAGAGUGUGGGAGGAGUUUUUCUUACAGUAAUGCUCUUAAAGUACACCAGCGUAUUCACACUGGAGAAAAGCCACAUCACUGCUCAGAGUGUGGAAAGAGUUUCAUUCAAAGUUGUGACCUUAAAGUACACCAGCGUGUUCACACUGGAGAGAAGCCCUAUCACUGCUCAGAGUGUGGAAAGGGUUUUAUUCAAAGAAGUGACCUUAAAGUACACCAGCGUGUUCACACUGGAGAGAAGCCGUAUCACUGCUUAGAGUGUGGAAAGAGUUUUGCUCAACAGAAUAACCUUCAAAAACACCAGCGUAUUCACACAGGAGAGAAACCAUAUUACUGCUCAGAGUGUGGAAAGAGUUUUGCUGAACAUGGUACCCUUCAAAAACACCAGCGUAUUCACACAGGAGAGAAACCAUAUAACUGCACUGAGUGUGGAAAGAGUUUUGCUGAACAUAGUACCCUUCAAAACCACCAGCGUAUUCACACAGGAGAGAAACCGUAUAACUUCACUGAGUGUGGAAAAAGUUUUACUCAAAGUAGUGCCCUUAAAGUACACCAGCGCAUUCACACAGGA